GACCCAGGCCGCCAGGCGUCUGCCCUUGUUAAUUACCGGAGAAACCGACUAGCGAGCUCCGCCUGGGAUCUGCCUGUCCGCAGCGGCGCCAGGCUCCGGUUUCUCCCCUAUCUCGCUGCUGUCCAGGUGCACCUCCUGCCUCUCCGCAUAAGAUGGACAUGAUGGACGGCUGCCAGUUCUCGCCUUCUGAGUACUUCUAUGACGGCUCCUGCAUCCCGUCCCCCGAGGGCGAGUUCGGGGACGAGUUUGAGCCGCGAGUGGCUGCUUUCGGGGCGCACAAGGCAGACCUGCAGGGCUCAGACGAGGACGAGCACGUGCGAGCACCUACGGGCCACCACCAGGCCGGCCACUGCCUCAUGUGGGCCUGCAAAGCGUGCAAGAGGAAGUCCACCACCAUGGAUCGGCGGAAGGCGGCCACCAUGCGCGAGCGGAGACGCCUGAAGAAGGUCAACCAGGCCUUCGAGACGCUCAAGCGGUGCACCACGACCAACCCCAACCAGAGGCUGCCCAAGGUGGAGAUCCUCAGGAAUGCCAUCCGCUACAUUGAGAGCCUGCAGGAGCUGCUGAGGGAACAGGUGGAAAACUACUACAGCCUGCCGGGGCAGAGCUGCUCUGAGCCCACGAGCCCCACCUCCAGCUGCUCUGAUGGCAUGCCCGAAUGUAACAGCCCUGUCUGGUCCAGAAAGAGCAGCAGUUUUGACAGCAUCUACUGUCCUGAUGUACCAAAUGUAUAUGCCACGGAUAAAAGCUCCUUAUCCAGCUUGGAUUGCUUAUCCAGCAUAGUGGAUCGGAUCACCAACUCCGAGCAACCUGGAUUGCCUCUCCAGGACCCAGCCUCUCUCUCCCCAGUUGCCAGCACCAAUUCUCAGCCUGCAACUCCAGGGGCCUCUAGUUCCAGGCUCAUCUAUCAUGUGUUAUGAACUAAAAAUCUAGUCUAGAUCAGUUAGGCCAGGAGGGCCUAUUACACAGAAGGAAAAAGGCCCAAAAAGUCCAAAAGCAAGACACCAUGUAAAUAAACAUUUCCUUUCAGUUGUAAAUUUGUAAAUAUUACCUUGCCACUUUAUAAGAAUGUAUUUAACUAAAAAGUCACUAUUGCAAUUAAUACUUUCUUCUUUCCUUCGUCUUUGCUUUAGAUAUAUAGUGCCAGUGAUAUUAUUUCUUAUAGGGGGCAGUUGAUUGAAGGUAGCUUGUUGCAAUGCUUAACUUAUAUUUUUUUUAUAAAUAUUGCUUAUCAAAAUAUUACCUCUGUUUAGAGCUUUAUUUUUUUCUUUAAAACUUUAGAAUAGCUGUAAAUCAAAUCAGUUAUAGGGAGUUUUAAAUAUAUUUAACAUUUUUGCUUUUCUCUUUAAUCCUUUGAUUAUAUCGUGUUAAAUAAAAAUAUAACAAUACUGCCUAAUGGUAUAUAUUUUGAUCUUUUCUUAUAAGAAAUGCAUCUUUUUAAUGUAAGCAUAAAAUAAUAUUGUGUGGAUGAUUUCAAGAUAUAAGAGAUUUUGGAAAUUCCACCAUAAAUAAAAUUGUUUAAAUGA